CAUGUUCUCGUUUUUCUUCUUCAGCAUCGAAAGGGCAUUAAGGGUCUCUCUCUCUCUUCCAUAUUUAUCCUCUAUCUCCCGCUCCGUGGCAAUUUUGUAAUUACUCCAUAUAAAUCUCGCCGCCGGCCGUCGAAUCGCCGGCGAUCUGGAUUCUUCGGCCGCAGUUCGUUUCUUCAUCCUCUUCUGGAGUCUUUUGUAUUUGUUUAGCGGCUUAGUUGUGAAGAUCAAAUCCCUCGAAAAACCUCGAUUAGGGUUUCGUGUUUAGACGAUUCGAAAUCGAGAAGUAUCAUAGAUUGGGGGGGGGGGGUUUGUGAUUCUGUGGAGGUUUUUUGUUUCUCCCUCUCUUAUUUGAUUUUCAAUUACUAUUAUCGAGAUGCCAAGGAGUACGAGGCACAAAUCGAGCAAGCACAAGGAUGCGAGAGAGUACUCUGAUUCGGAGAAAGAGUCGAGCUUGAAGGAGAGGAAGAGCAAAGAGGAGAGUUCCGCUAGGGUUUCAAAGGAUUCUGGUGAUAAACGAAAGCUUGAUUCAAAAGAGUAUUACGAUUCGGUUAACGGAGAGUACUAUGAAGAGUACACUUCGUCGAAGCGGCGGAAAGGGAAAACUGGUGAGAGUGGUAGUGAUAGGUGGAAUGGUAAAGAUGAGGAGAAAGGGGAGAGUUCGAAGAAGACCAAGGCGUCUAGUGAGAAGAGUAGGAGGAGAGAGGAAGGAGAUGGUGAGGAGACGAAGAAGAGUAGUGGUAAAAGCGAUGGUAAGCAUAGAGAGUCUAGUAGAAGAGAAAGCAAAGAGUUUGACAAGGAGAAGGAUCGGGAAAAAGAUAGGAAGUAUAAGGAAAGUAAAAGUGAGAAGUUUUAUGAUGGUGAAGAUCACCAUAAAUCCAAGGUUGUCUCUGAAAAAUCUGAGUCGAAAGCUCAGGAGCAGCUAAGGAGUCCAGGGAAGGAAAAUCAUACUGAGAAGCGAUCAAGGCGAAAAAAGGAUGAUCAUGGUGCUGGAGACAAGCAUCAAGAUAACAGUGAUGAUGUUGGUGAUAGGCUUUUCACUUCCGGAGAUGACUACAUCAAAGAUGGAAAACAUAAAGGAGAGAAAAGCAGAGACAAAUAUCGGGAAGACAAGGAAGAAGACAUCAAACCAAAAGGUGAGAAGCAGAGAGAUGAGCGACCUAGUAAAGAGCAUCACAGGUCUGAUGAAAAGCUCCUCCGUGAUGAAAGUAAAAAAAAAUCUAAAGGACAGGAUAGUGACCAUGGUCAUGAGCCUGACAGUGAACAUGAUGGAUAUCAUGACCGUGAACGCAAACGGGACUAUGAGAGAGAGAGUGAUCGGAAUGAACGGGACCGCGAACGAGCUCGGGACCGUGAUUAUGAGCGAGAUAGGGACCGUGAUAGGGAUAGGGAGCGGGAACGUGAUCGUGAUCGUCGGGAUUAUGAGCACGACCGCUACCAUGAACGGGAUUGGGACCGUGAUAGGAGUAGAGACCGUGACCGGGAUCAUGAUAGGGACAGGACGCAUGACAGAGAAAAAGACCGUAGUCGUGACUAUUACCAUGAUGGGAAACGAAGUAAGAGUGACAGGGAAAGGGAUAGUGACCGCGAUAUGUCGCGUCUAGAUGAUCAAAGUGGUCGGUAUAAGGAUAGGAGGGAAGGUAGGAAGUCUCCAGAUUACCAGGAUUAUCAGGAGGUCAUCACGAGCACUAGAGGUAGCAGAGCAGAGCCUGAUGGUGAUAUUAUAAGAUCAGAUCGCCAACCUUCCAGUUCGGUGGUUCAGGAAGAGAAUGGGAAUGGGUCGGAUCAGGUAGCCAAAGGGGUCUCUUCACGGGAGGCGGCUGAGCUGUCUGGAGGAUCAGAGAGAGGUACAAGGCAUAAAGGUUUUGAGAGAACAGCAAAGAUGGAAGAUGGUGUUAUUGGCGAGUUUCAGGGUGAAAAGUCUUCUGCCACAAAAGCUUCACCCCGGACAAUGGUUGAAAGAUCUCCCUCGUCGACAAGCUUUGACCGGAGAUUCAAUAAUCGGAGUGGAGAAGCUGGUCAUAGGAACAGUGCUAGGGAUUAUUCAGCAGCUGAGGAUGAAAGGCUUCUUGUAGAUGAGACAUCCCAGGCAGAAUUAUCUUUUAACAAUAAGCCCAACCAGAACAAUUCUUCUUUCCCUCCACGACCUGAAUCUAGGAGUGGCAUUGGUAGCCCUAGAGUUGGCCCUCGAGAAGAAGAUAACAGGGUCAAUACCGGUGGACGUUAUAAGAGAGGCGUUGAUGCGAUGAUGGGAAGAGGGCAACAAGGUAAUGUGUGGAGAGGUGUCCCAAGCUGGCCAUCUCCACUUCCACCAAAUGGAUUUAUUCCAUUUCAACAUGUUCCAACUCAUGGAGGUUUCCAAACUAUGAUGCCACAGUUCCCAUCGCCAUCUCUCUUUGGGGUAAGGCCUUCAAUGGAAAUGAACCAUCAGGGAAUCCCUUACCAUAUGCCUGAUGCUGAAAGGUUCUCUAGUCACAUGCGUCCACUUGGGUGGCAGAAUAUGAUGGAUGCCUCAGGCGCUUCUCACAUGCAUGGUUUUUUUGGGGACAUGAGUAAUAGUGUUUUUAGGGAUGAAUCAAACAUGUAUGGGGGACCUGACUGGGACCAUAACAGGCGGAUGCAUAGCCGGGUUUGGGAAUCUGGUGCAGAUGAGUGGAAAAAUCGAAAUGGAGAUGCGAGCUUGGAAGUCUCAUCAAUGUCUGGUAAAGAUGAUAACUUGGUGCAGGUUGCUGAUGAUGAGUCUCUUGGCGGCCAAACAAGUCACUCUGAAAAUAACAGGGCAAAAAGCGUCGAAGCUGGGUCGAAUCUAACAUCUCCAGCAAAAGAACUGCUUGCGAGUUCUCCUAAAGUUACGGCGGAAGUUGUGGCUGAAGAUCCUGUGCCGGAAAAAGUUGAUAACACUGAACGUUAUCGCCGGCAUUAUCUCUCAAAGCUUGAUAUAUCGGUAGAACUUGCUGAUCCCGAGCUUCGGAAAAGUAUUAGCGUAUUGAUGGGUGAAGAACGUAUAACAAUUGAUGAUGGAACUCCUGUGUUUGUAAACCUCAAGGAAGGUGGGAAGAGAGUGCCCAAAAGCAUCAGUACUUCCUUGACGACUCUUUCACUGUUUCCUUCUCAAAACAGUUCAGUGUUUCAGAUAGCAAUGGACCUGUACAAGGAGCAUAGAUUUGAAUUGAAUGGUCUUCCAAAUGUCGAAAUUCAGGGGCCUCCUCAAGUCUCUCCUUCCAGUUUGGUUGAAGUCGAUACCAGUGAUGACGUGAAUGAUGCCAUGAAAGGAAUUAGUUUUAUGGAGACAUCAGAUGUGAAAAUUGCGGAUGUGUCAGAUUCAGACAAAUCCCAUAAGGAACAGCAAAAUGUGUCAUCACCUGCUGAUUCCGGAAUGGAGAUAGCAACACAAGACGAAGGAUCUUCAUCUCCCAAUCCAAACAAGUCACCUGAGGCUCCUGAGGCUGUGGCUUCAGAUCACAUUGAAGGUUAUGAGCAAGAUGCAAAGUCAGAUGAUGGAGCUGGUGUAGACCAAACAAUGGAGACAGCUCGUGAUCAUCAUGGUGUCCCAGAAGGAGAACCUGUUACCGACCAAACAAUGGAGACAGCUCGUGAACAUGAUGGUGUUCCAGAAGGUGAUCCUGUUACCGAGGAAACAAUGGAGACUGCUCGUGAACAUGCUGGUGUUUCAGAAGGUGAUCCUUUUACCUUGACAGUAGUUUCACCGGCCCUCGAGACUAUGGAGGUCGAUGAGCGGAACGAUUUGUCUCAAGACGAGAACAUGGAAGAAGCAGUAGUGAAGAAGGAAGCUGAAGCUGAAGCUGAUGAUGGUGAUGGAGAUGGAGAGGGAGGUGUAGUUGGGGAUGUAUCUCCAAAGGUAACGGAAACAUUAGUUCAUGAAUCUGAUGAGUCAGUAAUAAGUCGGAUACAUCAUUCUCCACAAAGUACACAUUAAGACAUUCCUAUAAUUCCAUCCUUUCUGCUUUGUUUCGUUUUGUUUUUUUUUCUAUAAUUUCCUUACUUCUAAUGCAAUUUUUUUCCCUCCAAA